UCCAGGGUGUCGGGUCGGCCCGUUCCGCGGCACGGCGCCACCUGCCCACCUGAGCGGGGUGCCGCUGGACCGGCCGGCACACCGCGCUCAGUCGGCCCCCGAACUCAGCGGCGCUCGCAGUCCACCUCUGAGCCCUGCACGAUGGCACUGCGCGCCCACUGUCUGCUGGCGGCCCUGCUGCUGCCGCUGGCCGCCCCCGCCCCCGCCCCCGCCUCGCCGGCCGAGAGGACCAACAUCGCGCAGAGGAAACAGAUCGCGGCGCCCGAGGUGCUGCUGAGAGCAACUGUGCCACCCGCAGGCGAGGUGACACAGAGCAUCGACGUCUCGACCCCCGACAGACCCUCACAGGCCCCGGUCAGGCCACAGCUGCCCGCUCCUGGCAGGCUCCUUACAAGCUCCGCGCAGCCUCAGCAGUCUUCCACGGCUCCGGUCAAGCCGUCGUGGUCCCGGUCAGACCACAUAACCCCCGACAGACCCUCACAGGCCCCGGUCAGGCCACAGCUGCCCGCUCCUGACAGGCUCCUUACAAGCCCCGCACAGCUCUAGCAGUCUUCCACGGCUCCGGUCAAGCCGUCGUGUUCCCGGUCAGACCACAUAACCCCCGACAGACCAUCACAGGCCCCGAUCAGGCCACCGCUGCCCGCUGACAGGCUCCUUACAAGCCCCGCGCAGCCCCAGCAGUUUUCCACGGCACCGGUCAAGCCGUUCUGGUCUCAGUCGGACCACCUAAACCCCGACAGACCCUCACAUGCCCCGAUCAGGCCACCGCUGGCAGGCUCUUUACAAGCCCCGCACAGCCUCAGCAGUUUCCCACGGCGCCAGGCCAGCCGUUCUAGUCUCAGUCAGACCACAUAACCCCCGACAGACCCUCACCGGCCCCGAUCAGGCCACAGCUGCCCGCUGCUCACAGGCUCUUUACAAGCCCCGCGCAGCCCCAGCAUUUCCCACGGCACCGGUCAUGCCAGCAAGGUCUCAGUCAGGCCACAUAACCCCCGACAGACCCUCACCGGCCCCGGUCAUGCCACAUCUGCCCGCUGCUCACAAGCUCUUUACAAGCCCCGCGCAGCCCCAGCAUUUCCCACGGCACCGGUCAUGCCGUCCUGGUCUCAGUCAGGCCACCUAGCCCCCGACAGACCAUCACAGGCCCCGAUCAGGCCACCGCUGCCCGCUGACAGGCUCCUUACAAGCCCCUCGCAGCCCCAGAAGUUUCCCACGGCACUGGUCAAGCCGUUCUGGUCUCAGACGGACCACCUAAACCCCGACAGAUCCUCACAUACCCCGAUAAGGCCACCGCUGGCAGGCUCCUUAUAAGCCCCGCACGGCUCCAGCAGUCUCCCACGGCUCCUGUCCAGCCGUCAUGAUCCCGGUCAGACCACAUAACCCCCGACAGACCCUCACCGGUCCCGGUCAGGCCACAGCUGCCCGCUCCUGACAGGCUCCUUAGAAGCCUCGCACAGCUCUAGCAGUCCUCCCGGGCCGGUUAGGUUGUCAUGCAUUGUAUGCACUAUAUUGUAUGUGUUGUAUUGCGCCCUCGUGAGCGAUCUGCGCAUUCGAGUUUCGUGGCGAUUACUGCUCUCAUGCCGUUCUGCGGCAAAAUAUUUUACCGUGACGUCGUACUUCCGAAGCUACAUUCCUGUGCAGACCGAAGAUGCCCGGAACGCGUUUGCACGGAAUACAUUUCGUCUUCGCAGUAAGCUACCAUCAGCGGUCGAUUCCAUAAAGGUGGCUAAAAAAAAAAAUAUCUGACCGUUUUCCGCCUAUUCUCUUUUGAAAGCUGAAUGGUAUUAUCGUAUUCUGUUACUAGCUAUGAUUUCCAUAGUGAUAAAAUGAACUGCAACCCAAGCACGCAGACAUACAGUUGGGGCAUAUUAGGCAUCGAGAGUGUUGUUACUUGGGGCGUAAAAUACCACGUGAUGUGAGAUAUUACCAAGAUAUGAAAUCGGCCGCGAGACAACAACUCGCAAGCCCCGAAACGACUACGGCCGCUUUCCUGCCGUUUGCUCACAUACUCCCUGCAAGCGUCGCACGGCCCCUGCAGUCCCCAAUCCCUCCCCGCUGUAGCUUAUUCUGCCCCUCUUGCCUCGUCCCGGCGAUCAGCGCCCCUUGUCCCAUCCCUUCCUUUCCUCUUCGGAAGAGGGUGCGCCGACGUAUCGGCCAGUCUCCCCCGCCUCCUCCCAAAUCGGCUCCCCAGGGGGUCGGGGGGAGGGAGUGUGACCCCGAGACACCUGCGCGACGACCGUCAGUUCCCUACCCGAGCGACCGCCUCGCCGGGGCGUGUCUCGGCCGCGGUCACUGUCCAUUGUCCUGUCACGUAGCGGCGCGGGUGGAAACGCUGGGGGGGGGGGGGGGCAACCGAGCCGCCCCGCUGAGGGCCAUUCUGCUGGACCGCGCCGCGGGUUCUGCCAGGCGGCGGCAGCUGCCCAUCGCACUGCUCGCCCUCUCGUGCGACUCGCGCCGCCACCACAUACCGUAACACUGCACCCUCCUCAGACGCAUAAAUCAGCGUCGGCUAGACGGCGUCCCCAGGCACGCAACUGGGUCGCGCCGCGUCCAGCCGGUCGCGUCCCGCUAACUACCCGGAACGAGAAACUGCACGUUCCUCCUCCGUGCGCACCUAUUCGCGGUGACGUCGCGGUUUUUCAGGAGCGCGCUGUAACCUCCGUGUUGUUCAACACUUGGAAAAAAAUGGUAACAGCGGCACAUAACUCGAGAACCAACAAAGCCACAGCGCCGCGGAAGAGCGCAUUCGAUAGCACUUUUAACCCUCUUUCCGGAUUGCGUCCUCAGAUUUGACCCCCAUGCCCACGGUCAGGCCUCUAGAGGGCAAAAAAAAAAAACAACGAAAUAACUGGUUUACAGAAAAUGUUUUUUUUUUCAACCACCUUGACUCAGUAGAGCCACGACAUUACUUUUCAAGCAUCGUACUCCUCUCGUCGAGACGAGUCGACAGACCAUAAGUUAACUCCUAAAUGUUAACUUGAAAAUUUGACUGCUGGUCAAGGUCAUGACCCGACCGUAAAAGUUCCCGGCUAACCAGCCGACCGCUCCCGGCUCACCAGCCGACCACUCCCGGCUCACCAGCCGACCGCUCCCGGCUCACCAGCCAACCACUCCCGGCUCACCAGCCGACCACUCCCGGCUCACCAGCCGACCACUCCCGGCUCCCCAGCCGCCCACUCCCGACUUACCAGCCGACCACUCCCGGCUUACCAGCCGACCACUCCCGGCUUACCAGCCGACCACUCCCGGCUCACCAGCCGACCACUCCCGGCUUACCAGCCGACCACUCCCGGCUCACCAGCCGACCACUCCCGGCUCACCAGCCGACCACUCCCGGCUUACCAGCCGACCACUCCCGGCUUACCAGCCGACCGCUCCCGGCUCACCAGGCGACCACUCCCGGCUUACCAGCCGACCACUCCCGGCUCACCAGCCGACCACUCCCGGCUUACCAGCCGACCACUCCCGGCUUACCAGCCGACCACUCCCGGCUUACCAGCCGACCACUCCCGGCUCACCAGCCGACCACUCCCGGCUUACCAGCCGACCACUCCCGGCUUACCAGCCGACCGCUCCCGGCUCACCAGCCGACCACUCCCGGCUUACCAGCCGACCGCUCCCGGCUCACCAGCCGACCGCUCCCGGCUCACCAGCGGCCGUACCGGCCGAAUCACCCAACCACACUCUACCCCCAGUUAUGCUCACUCACCUCCCAUGUCCUUCCUCUUCUCUCGUCUGUGAACAGGGGUGUUCACGGGCACCGCACACUGCUGCGUGCGGUGUGU